AUGUCAAGUUCACUAAAGUUACCCAUGAACGGCACAGAAGCAAGAAGAUCGACGGAAACAGAGUUCGUGGGCUGGGUCCCCGAAGAUUUAAACCGCGGCACUUGGUCUCUCAUCACGUCGUGUCUAUUCACUAUCGCCAUCUGCACUUGGACGGCCAUUCAUCCACGUAUCCAUGUCUCUCGCCAGCUUCGGCAUCAGCACAAGUUCUACCAACUUGUCAAAGCCGUCCUGGCACCUGAAAUGGUAUGCCUUGAGUCUUUGCAGGAGUUUUUGCAGGCUCGUAAAGCCGUCAGACGAUGCGCCACCACUACGAACAACGAGUUCAAGACGGUGCAUGGCUUCUAUCUCUGCAUGAUGGGUGUACGCUAUAAUCCCGGGUGUAAUGGGGGUUACCGAACUCUCUGGCCUGGUCAGUAUGCCUGGCUCUUGAACAACGGUCUGGUUUCAUGGCAAGAUCACAAGAGUUGGGGCCUUGCCAAGGAGGAGAUCGCUGACAAAAACAAGGCUGACGGUCUGGUAAAACUGGCUGCUCUUCUUCAGGUCGUAUGGUUCACAGUGCAGUGCAUCACGCGCUCAGCUCAUCAUCUUCCUUUGGCAACUAUCGAGACCAUGACGCUGGCCUACGUGUUCAACGGCCUAGUCACGUAUGCUUUCUGGUGGGAGAAGCCCAAGGAUAUCGUCACCGCCUCUUUCGUCAACUUGCCAGAAAUGACUCCUCUUCAGUGGGAUAAGUUCGAGAGUCUGGCAAUGGAAAAUACAUAUGACGUCUCCGAUCCCAGUCAAAAACAGGACAAUUCCAUCGCUUGGUACGUUGUGCCACGCGAUUGUCGAGACGAUGAGGUCGGGGUCAUGGAGGAUCUAGAACGAGAUGCAGAAGAAAGCGUUUCCACAACUGAGCCUAACUCCCAAAAGAUUGAAUCGACUGUCACUGAAGUCGAGGCUGAUAAUGUCAUCACUGAGUGGGACUCAAGUCUCUACAUGACAAGAUACUGGCCACUUCUUUGCCUAUUGGGUGCAUCGUUUGGAGGCAUUCAUCUGAUAUCAUGGACUUCCUCUUUCCCGUCAGAGGCAGAGCGUUGGCUAUGGCGAGUCAGUGCUCUCGUUUCAGUUGUUACAUCCGUUGUCUGCAUGCAGUUCAGGAAGAUGAGUUUUACAUGGGGUGGGCCGCUGACUGUUAUCAAGGUAGCAAGCCCAUUGCUUUAUCUUGUAACACGAGUUGUUAUGGCAGUGGAAGCUUUCGUGGGGUUACGAGCUAUGGAGCCAGCGACUUACGACACGUAUGCACUAACCAACUAUUGGUUUCACUUGUUAUGA